AUGUCGGAAAAUCACGCACUCUGGCGAGCUCAUGUUUUGGCUAAUCACAUACUCCAGUCACCUCCCUCGCCUUCGAACAUCUCCCUCACGCGGGAGGUUUGCUUGCAGUACACUCCACCUGAGCUCAACGAGAGCUAUGGAUUCGAUUUGAAGGAGAUGAGGAAACUGCUCGACGGACACAACUUGGAGGACAGAGACUGGCUUUACAGGAUCUUGAUACAGAGCAAUCUCUUCAACAGGAAGAUAAGAGGAGGCAAGGUGUUCGUGUCGCCUGAUUACAAUGAGACAAUGGAGCAGCAGCGUGACAUCAGCAUGAAGCGGAUCAUGUACUUGCUUGAGAAAGGUGUCUUUCAAGGAUGGUUAACGGAGACAGGUCCUGACGCUGAGCUCAAGAAGUUUGCUCUCUAUGAGGUUUGCGGGAUGUAUGAUUACUCUCUCUCAGCCAAACUCGGUGUUCAUUUCUUGUUAUGGGGUAAUGCUGUUAAGUUCUUUGGCACAAAGCGUCACCAUGAGAAGUGGUUGAAAGACACUGAAGAUUAUCUUGUCAAGGGCUGUUUUGCAAUGACUGAGUUGGGCCAUGGAAGUAAUGUGAAGGGAAUUGAAACAGUGACUACUUAUGACCCAAGAACUGAGGAGUUUGUAAUAAACACUCCUUGUGAAUCUGCUCAAAAGUAUUGGAUCGGUGAGGCAGCUAUACAUGCAACACAUGGGAUAGUGAUUUCACAGCUUGAAAUAAACGGAACCAACCAAGGGAUUCAUGUCUUUAUAGCUCAAAUCAGAGAUAAAGAUGGGAACAUAUGUCCAAACAUCCGCAUUGCUGACUGUGGACACAAGAUUGGUUUAAAUGGUGUUGACAAUGGCCGUAUAUGGUUUGACAAUCUUAGAAUCCCAAGAGAGAAUUUACUGAACUCAGUUGCUGAUGUUUCAUCUGAUGGACAGUAUGUUAGCGCCAUUAAAAAUCCUGAUCAGAGAUUUGGAGCAUUCUUGGCCCCUUUGACCUCUGGUCGUGUCACCAUUGCUUCAAGUGCCAUUUACUCUGCAAAGGUCGGAUUAACUGUUGCUAUAAGAUACUCAUUAUCUAGAAGAGCCUUCUCUGCUGUAGCCAAUGGUCCUGAAAUGCUCCUUCUUGAUUAUCCAAGCCAUCAAAGGCGUCUGCUACCUCUCCUAGCAAAGACAUAUGCUGUGAGCUUUGCUGCAAAUGACAUGAAGAUGAGUUACGUGAAGAGGACAUCUGAGACCAACAAAGAGAUUCAUGUUGUCUCAAUGGGACUAAAAGCUGUUCUCACCUGGCACAAUAUGCGAACCCUUCAGGAAUGUCGUGAGGCUUGUGGAGGGCAAGGUUUGAAAACAGAGAAUAGAGUUGGUCAUUUAAAAGGUGACUACGAUGUGCAGACUACAUUUGAGGGUGACAAUAAUGUUCUGAUGCAGCAGGUGAGCAAGGCACUUUUUGCUGAGUAUGUAUCGUGUAAGAAGAGGAACAAACCUUUCAAAGGAUUAGGUUUGGAGCACAUGAAUAUUCCUCGUCCUGUAUUGCCUUCUCAACUCACAUCUUCUAUCCUUAGAUGUAGCCACUUCCAGCAGAAGAAUGUAUUCUCCAUACGAGAGCGAGAUCUUCUAGAACGAUAUACUUGUGAAGUUGCAGAGCUUCAAGGGAGAGGAGAAAGCAGAGAGUUCUCCUUCCUCUUGAGUCAUCAACUUUCUGAAGAUCUAAGCAAAGCUUUCGCAGAAAAAGCAAUCUUACAAGCCGUUUUGGAUGCUGAAGCCAAUCUACCAGUUGGUUCCAUUAAGGAUGUGUUGGGUCUUGUAAGAUCAAUGUACGCAUUGAUGUGCAUGGAAGAAGAUCCAUCGUUCUUGAGAUAUGGUUACCUCUCAAGGGACAAUGUUGGAGAUGUGAGGAGAGAAGUUUCUAAGCUGUGUGGAGAGCUUAGACCACACGCGCUUGCACUCGUCAUUUCAUUUGGUAUUCCAGACGCGUUCUUGGGACCGAUUGCAUUCAACUGGGUCGAAGCCAACGCCUGGUCUUGA